AUGGAGAACAAGGUGACAUUUUUCAGAUUUCGCCGCACAGAUCACAUCCAAGGGCCUCACUCGCUUUUGACUUCUGGCUGCGGGUCGUCCACACUCUCAGUUGCAGGUAUGAGGACCCUCUACUGGUGCAUGCUGGGAGUUGCCAUCCUGCUGCUGGUGACCGAGGUUGUCAUCAGUCAGCUGUGCAAAUCCAUCAUCACCCUGGUGGACGCCUUCCACACGUUCUUUAUCCUCAUGCACAUGGUUCUUCAUCCUCAAGCUGCUCCCUCCUCUGAGGACUCCCUGGCGUCUCCACAGUUCUCCUCCUCAGAAACACCUUCUCCCACCCUGCCUGCAGAACCAUCCACUGAAUCUCUACAUGGCACCUGUGGGUCAUCCAAUGCCAGUGCUCAGCCUAACCAUGAAGCAGCUCUCGACUGCAGCGUCUCCUUCGCCGACAGCAGGCUCCAGCCUGUGGGGGAUUUCCUGUCCAGUCUCCUCCUGGCAUUACUGAAUGUCUCUUACUCACUGAAAAUCCUCGGUCUUUCCUUUGAUCCACAACCAGUGCAGAACCUCCUGCUGGUUGUGGUGAUCGCAGCUCUCAGUCUGCUCUAUAAGAUCCUGGUGCUCAGUGUGAACUGGGUUAAACUGCAGGAGGAGCGGGCGGGAGCCACCAGGCAACCACAGGCCGAAACUCAAUUUGAAGUGAUCCACAAAGUCUUGGCUGCAGAAGAAUCCAAAGGCCUGGCUGUGCCGGGGGGAGUCCUGGAUGAUGUUGUCAAAGUCCAGUCUGCUGCACACGACUCGCUCUGCAAUGGGGCGCUUGUCCUCUGUAACCCAGGAGCCUCCAGCGUCCCUGCAGCAGACUCUCAAACCCCACAGCCAGAAGUCCACCUGCAUGCAGCAGCUCCACUGGACAGUGAGAGUGGUCCUGCAGAUCUGAAGGCUUGCAAAGUUGAGAGUCUUUCAAAAGCCAUCACAGAGACAUCUAAAGAGAAAAAAAGCGUGGGACAUCUUGAUGCUCCAGUCUGGAAGUCUUCACAUCCCAGUGAGAGCUCUGCAGCGAGCAGUCAGCGGCUGCAGAGCCGGCUGUCGCCCCUCCUGGUAGUUCAGGGCCUCUCCCCUCCCCUCCUGGCUCUGAUGGACAGCCUGCUGCUGCUGCUGCUCACCCCUCAGUGCCGGCACGGCUCCGGAGCCUGCGCCAUCCUGCUUUACCUGGAUCCAGUUCUCUCCCUGGUGGCUGUGGGCGUGCUGAUCGCCACCGCCGUGCCCCAGAUGCGCCGGUACGGUGUGUUGCUGCUGCAGGCCCCACCUCCACACCUUUGUGUGUCGGAUCUUGGAGAAAGGAUUGCAGGCGUCCACGGAGUGCAGGCUGUGCACGACCUCCACGUUUGGCAGUUAACAGAAUCUUUCACGGUGGCCUCUGUCCACGUGCUGUGCCACGCCGGGUUUCCAGUGCACAGGUGUGCUGAUCUGAUGUUGGCCGUCACCAAGGUGCUUCAGAGUGUGGGAGUGAGCAGCUGCACGGUGCAGCCAGAGUUUGCUUCAUGCUCUGCAGGAGGCAACAUGUGCUGCUCUCUCCUGGAAGAGAAGACCAGCAGUGCGCUGGCGCCACCAGCUGGAGGAACGACGGAACAGACACUCGUCAUAGAGAACACCUUCAAAUAG